AUGGCCACUAGAACUCAAUUUGAAAAUUCAAAUGAAGUUGGAGUCUUCUCUAAAUUAACAAACUCAUACGCUCUCGUUGCUGUUGGCGGUUCAGAAAACUUUUAUUCAUCGUUUGAAGCCGAACUAGGCGAUGUUAUUCCUAUCGUUCACACAACUAUUGCCGGUACUCGUAUAGUUGGGCGUAUGACAAGUGGGAAUAGACGUGGACUUUUAGUACCCACCCAAACUACCGACCAAGAAUUGAUGCAUUUAAGAAACUCAUUACCAGACUCCGUCAAGAUUCAAAGAGUUGAAGAGCGAUUGUCAGCAUUGGGAAAUGUUAUAUGUUGUAAUGACUAUGUUGCAUUGGUUCACCCUGAUAUUGAAAGGGAAACAGAAGAGUUGAUUGCUGAUGUAUUGGGAGUUGAAGUCUUUCGUCAAACUAUUGCAGGUAACGUUCUUGUUGGUUCAUAUUGUGCUUUGAGUAAUCAAGGUGGUUUGGUGCAUCCACAAACCUCAAUUCAAGAUCAAGAAGAGUUGAGCAGUUUAUUGCAAGUGCCAUUGGUUGCUGGUACUGUGAAUAGAGGUUCCAAUGUGGUUGGUGCUGGAUUGGUUGUUAAUGAUUGGUUCAGUGUUGCUGGAUCAGAUACUACGGCGCCUGAAUUAUCCGUUAUCGAAUCAAUCUUCAAAUUACAAGAUGCCCAACCAGAUGCAAUUGGCGGCAACUUGAGAGAUACGUUGAUUGAAACAUACUCAUGA